GUUGGAGGACAGCGUGCAGCAAGUAGAGACAAUACUGAGAGAAGGUGAAGAAGGUUUUUAAGUGAGUAUUUUCUCCAGUUUUAUUGUUGGAGGAUUCAUCUCUCUUCCGGACUCAUUCCCUCUCGGUUGUGUGCAGACAGCGAGUCCCGCCAUUGACCUACUUCCGGUCAGCGCUGAGUGAGUCCACACGGCCCCUCGUCUCCUCUGAGGGUUAGAGUGAUUUUCAGCUGGUCUGCUAACCGCCAAAGAAGUCCAGAGAAGAAGAAGAAGAAGCUCAGUGCUGAGACCAGACACUUGUGGAGAGGAACGCCGUCCAUCAUUGAAUCUGACUUCAGGGCAGCUGUCUGAGGAAGAAAGAUGACUCCCCCUCUCAAGAAACGGAGGGGCACGCCUCGUAGUCAUGACUGUCAGCAGUGUGGUAAAGAGUUCUCUUCUUCAUCAGGUUUAAAGAAGCAUAUGCGAGUUCACACUGGAGAGAAACCAUACAGCUGUGAUCAGUGUGGUAUGGCCUUCUCUCGAGUAGAUACUCUAAGGAUCCAUCAGCGUAUCCACACUGGAGAGAAACCGUACAGCUGUGAGCAAUGUGGUUUGGCCUUCUCUCAAGCAAGUACUCUAAGGAUCCAUCAGCGUAUCCACACUGGAGAGAAACCGUACAGCUGUGAGAUCUGUGGGAAAGCUUUCACACGUUCAUAUGCAUUGAAGAAUCAUAAACGCACUCACACUGGAGAGAAACCAUACAAAUGUGAGGACUGUGGUAAAAGUUUCAGGCGGUUGGAUACCCUCAAGGCUCAUAGAAACAUCCACACCAGAGAAUUACUCUUCCCUUGUCAGGAUUGUGGUAAAGUCUUUACCGAUCAAAAAUCUUUAAAGAGUCAUGAGCGUAUUCACACUGGAGAGAAACCCUUCAGCUGUGACCAAUGUGGGAAAACCUUCAGGCAUAAAAGGACCUUAACAGUCCACCAGCAGAUCCACAGUGGAGGGAAACCACACAAAUGUAGACACUGUGAGAAAGCCUUCACAAGUAAAUGGGAAUGCAACACACAUGAACGCAUCCACACCGGUCUGAAACCAUACGUCUGUGGGGAGUGUGGGAAGAGUUUUGAUUGGUCAUCUUCACUUCGUCAUCAUGAACUCAGCCAUGUUGGAGUCAGAGAGUACCAGUGUGAGUGCUGUGACAAAAAGUUUGUUUCAACUCACAAUCUUGAGAAGCAUCUGCGUAUCCACACCGGACACAGGCCGUACUGGUGUGUUGGUUGUGAGAAAAGCUUCACAUGGAGCUCUUGGCUGAAAAAACACAAAUGUGUAAAAAAAGAGAACUAGGGGGCGCUCGUGAGCAGCGUCAUGUUAAGACGUGGGUUAAUGAGCUCUGCAUGGAUUAAAAUUUAAAUAUUGUUUUUCGCUCUCACUCAGUCUAAAAGUCAAAAAAGGACAUACUACAACGUGUUUGUAGUCGUAUAAUUCAAAAAAUAGACGUCUCCUGAACCAUCCAGUGAGUUAAAUUGCCCUGAAAUGCCAAAACAUUCAAAGGCCAAAGCAGGCCUAGAGGCCUUGGACUCUCCCGACCCUGAAUUCCUGAAACCCCCCAGAGCUUGUCAGACGUGGACGCGAUAAUGAUGGCACUGCAGAGAAUGGAACAAAGUGUGGUAGCUAAGAUCGAUACGUCCAUCGCUGCAUUAUCAGGUGAACUACACAAGAAAAUAAACCAUCUCUCAAGGGACAUGAGAAUGGAAAAUACCAGAGUCCAAGGAGAGAUGAAAGCAUACGCUACACGGAUCGAUAGCCUGGAGGAAGGAGCUAACAGCUAUGCUAACAGGGUCGUGGAGUUGGAAAAUAAAGUUACGUCUCUCACAUUGGAAGUCACUCGGCUGACGGCUAAAACUGACGACCUAGAAUGUCGUCAGUGGAGAGACAACUGCAGAAUAAUCGGCGUGGAGGAAGGUUCUGGCUUCUCAGAGGCUCACACAGAGCAUGCUUUAUGAUGUAAAGACCAAAGACUUACUUGAGCCAAAUCUUUACAGGUACGCUGAUUUGCCAUUUCUGUUCAAAUAGGUGGCUAUCUGAUUUAAAAUAUGGUAACAGGGAGGGGGAUACAUUUUGUGUUUAUUUUUUAAUGAGUGGUGAUAAUAUUAAGGUUUUUGACAAUCCUUGGUGAAUAAGUCCUCCCGAUAUUUUAUUUUAUUUCAUUUUGAGCUCUUCUGUGUCCACCAGAAUUUUCCUUCUAUUUUAGCUUAAAAAGGCGUAUAUAAAUAUAUUUUAUUUCAGGGCUCACCCACUUAUUUUGUGAUUCUGUCUGCAGCUGUGGAUUCUGAAUGAUGGUUAAAUUUUGUUUCUAUUUAAUGGACUCAUCAAGGUGUAGCCAUUUGAAGAACAGUUCAAAAAUCGACUUGACUUGAUGAAUUAAGCCACAAUAUUGCUGAUUUAGAGAAAAGAUAUGCUGUCUCACCUACACCUGAUUUAUAUGAGGAAAAGCUAUUACUUCAGUCUGAAUACAACAAGCUUUCAAACCUGGCAGAUAGAAAAGGCUUUAGAGAAAUCUAAACUAGUUCAUUCUGAGCACAGUGAUAGAGCAGGCAGGUUGCUUUCACUUCAGCUCAAACAACAUUCAGAGGAACGCACUAUACCAGGAAUGAAUUUAGAUCCUAACACAAGCUCUCAUAAUCCCCAGACCAUGAAUGAUCAGUUUAAACAUUUCUAUUCUAAUCUCUACCAAUCUGAGUCAGAAAAUGAGCUGACUGAAAUAUAUUUUCACAUUGGAUAUCCCAAAAAUAAACCCUGAAGCCCAGGCCUCCCUAGAAACCUCCAUAACGGCUGAGGAAAUAUUGUCUGCUAUUAAAGCAACUCAGAGUGGGAAAGCACCGGGUGAGCACUUGGGUGAGACUACAAAAUAAUCAUCAAAAAUGAUUAGAACGUACUAAAACCCACUUGGAUAGAUGGUGGAAGCUCCCCAUUUCACUGGCUGGCCAGAUUAAUUCAGUGAAGAUGACAAUAAUGUCUAAGUUUCUUUAUUUAUUUCAGAUGAUACCCAUUUUCCUCCCUAAGUCCUUUUUCCUUCAACUAGAUGCUCUUGUUUCUUCAUUUAUAUGGAAUAAAUCCACAGCAAGAGUGAAAAAAUCUCAUUUAGAGAGAGCUAAAUCAGAGGGAGGUCUGGGCUUACCCAGUUUUUGACACUACUAUUGGGCUGCUAACAUUGCCAAACUCAAUUAUUGGACCACAGUGUUGGCUGGCAAAGAAGGAGCCCUUUGGGUAGACAUGGAGUUAAAGUCAACUCUCCCAGUCUCUCCAGUUUCAUUUCUGACAGCACCACUGAGUACUAAAAACACUAACCAGAAUUUGAAUGUUCAUUUGGUUGUCAGAAACUCUGUUCAAAUAUGGGACCAGUUCAGGAGACAUUUUGGCCUUAAAGGUAUAAAUAGACUUUGCCCUAUUAUGUUUAACCAUCUCUUCAGGCCAUCUCAACUAGACUCAGCAUUUUCAUUGUGGCGUACAAACGCUCUUGUUUUCUUUAAGGAUUUGUUUCAUGAGGAGGGCUUCCUACCAUUUAUUUCACUUUGCCAGCUUUACAAUUUGCCAAACUCCCCAGAAGAUAUAUCAUAUUUAGUCCUCAACAUUGACCCAUCCAAGAGAGGUUUGAUUUCUAAAUGAUACAACUUGAUCCAAAAAGAGCUCUUCCAUAAAUGGGAAAAAUCUAAAAGUGCCUGGGAGGCUGAUAUUGGGGAACCCAUUCUGGAUGAAACUUGGGAAAACAUGAUCUCUAAAAUGCAUACUUGGUCCUUCUGUGUUGGUCAUGGAGUCAUCCAGUUUAAAGUGGUGCACCGUCUUCACUACUCUAAUGAUAAACUGGCAAAGAUUUAUCCCAGUGUUGACCCGGCAUGCCCUCGGUGUCAGUACUCCCCUGUUUCCCUUUGUCACAUGUUUUGGUCUUGUCAAUCUCUCUCCAAUUUCUGGACCCUGGUUUUUCCUUCUCUUUCAGCAAUAGGGAAUGAGACUAUUAAUCCCAACCCUCUGACAGCAGUUUAUGGAGUAAUAGAAGAAGGUAUAAAGCUCCCCCUUUCCUGUAAAAAUGCUCUAGCUUUUGCAUCUCUGAAAUCAGGUAUUCUGUACGUGGAUCUGCAGAGAAAUACAGUAAGACUUGGUCCUUAUUUGUAACACAUGUCAAAACUUGAACACUGCUUUGAGAUAUGAGGUCUUCUUGUUACUUGGUCACUGUAGAUAUGAGAUUUCAGUUGUGGGAAAUUGUGAGACAUGGUGUGUCAUUUAUUAUCUGCUAAUACUGAGCAGAUAGUACAAAUCUGAGCAUCAGUUUGUUUUAUUUUUUCUUAUUUUUAUUUUCCUUUAACUUGUUCUAUUAUUUAAAAUGAGUAAUGUAUUAUUAUUUUCUUCUUUUCUAUUUAGUUUUUGAUUUCCAAUGUACAUACUCAUUUAUUCAAUCAUUGUAUGUAUCUGUGUGUUUUGGUGGACUACAUUUUACUCUCAUUUUGAGUGUAUAACCUGUUAUUUGCCUC